UGUAUUCUAAUGUGGUGUGAGGUUAGGCUCUGUGGUAUACUGAAUGGAAGAAAGUUUGAGGGUUGUUUUUUUUUUUUUUUUUUUUUUUUUUUUAACAGUUGUGAAGGCAACCAUCUGCUCAUAACUGCUGCAAUGUGCUGACAACUACAAUCCCAUAGAGUUUUUUAAAAUUACGUUUUACUACUUUAUCUACGACUCCAAACUAUGUGAUCUAAUAAUAGCUUUAUUAGUCACGAUUGGAACAAAUUGGUUAUAACAGAAAAUUUGAUUUAUUAUCUGUGCUAAUGACUUUUGUCAUCUUACAACCAUGAAUUACUCAAAAUCAUACUGCAGCACUGUAGUAGAAGUUGUAAAUUAUCUAGCAGUCUUUGGGAAAAGAACCGUGGAGAUAAAGCUGUGCUGAAACUGAUAGAGCUUGGCUAGUAAGUACACUCAGCACAAUUUUAUAUAUUUUAGUGUUCUUUGAGAAAGUGCAUUUGUAAUAGAAUUGCUUAUUAAUGGGACUAUAUUUUCUACAGCAUCUUUGAGUUUUAACAAGAAAAUAUAUAAAUUAAACUUUAUUAUUGCAAAGUAUUUAAAAUUGAUUAAGUCGCUGAAUAUCUGUGCUGAGGUUUAUUUUUUCUGUUUCUUAUGUUGCAGUGAACCUGGUAGUGCUGGUAGUGAAUGUUUAGAUUGAAUUGUGCUACUCUGUCAGUGCCUGGAGCAUAAUGGUGAGCAGAAAAUGUGUCUUAUUUAGUCCUAGUUAUCGCCCACAUAGAACUGCUAUUACACAUACCCCUUCAUUUGGAAAGAGUAGAGAAAGAGAGAGAGAGAGAGAGAGAGAGAGAGAGAGGCUGAGUGUGUGUGUGUGUGUGUGUGUGUGUAUGUGUGUGUGUGUGAGAAAGAGAGAGAGAGCGUCUGUGUAUGCAUGUGACAGAGCGAGAGAGCGGAAGGGAGUGUGGGAGGAAGCUGGAGAUGUAGCAAAAGCAGCAGCACUGCCUCACAUUGGACCUCAAACAGAAGAUUCUUAAAUCUCAGGAUUUCUGAUGCAGGUUUUUUCCCCAGACACGGUUCAUUUGAGGAAUGCCUAAUUGAAUAGCAACAGAGCGGGAAGUAGCCAAGCAGAACAGGGAAUUGCCUGCUUUUGCUUCCUUUGGGGAGGGGAGACCUUUUUCACAGGCAAAAGCGGAGAUGCUUCUGUAAUCAAAUUCAGCUGGAGAGUGUUUAAACUAGGAAACAUCUACAUGACAGAUGCUGUAUCAUCCUGCCUGUGUGCAUAAGUGAAUUUUCCCUUUUGCUCCUUCUAAGCAGCUUCAUCUUUUAAUUUUUUCUUAUUAUUAUUUCUCUAUUUCCGCAAGUCCAAAACAGAAAAGCACACAAAUUAUCAUCAUGGGUGAUAAAGGCACAAGGGUAUUCAAAAAGGCAAGUCCAAAUGGAAAGCUAACUGUGUAUCUUGGCAAGAGGGACUUUGUUGACCAUGUGGACAUAGUAGAGCCUGUUGAUGGAGUGGUUUUAAUUGAUCCAGAAUACUUAAAGGAGAGGAAAGUGUUUAUAACGCUGACAUGUGCUUUCCGCUAUGGGCGAGAAGACUUAGAUGUUCUUGGGUUGACAUUUCGAAAGGACCUCUUUGUGGCCAAUAUACAGGCAUUCCCUCCUGUGUCUGAGGAGAAGAAAAACCUGACACGUCUACAGGAGCGGCUGAUUAAAAAGCUUGGAGAACAUGCCUAUCCCUUCACCUUUGAGAUACCUCCAAAUUUACCCUGUUCUGUCACAUUGCAACCUGGACCAGAAGAUACUGGGAAGGCAUGUGGUGUUGACUUUGAAGUGAAGGCUUUUUGUGCUGAAAACGUUGAAGAGAAAAUUCACAAAAGGAACUCGGUGCGCCUAAUCAUCAGAAAAGUGCAGUAUGCUCCAGAAAAGCCGGGUCCACAACCAAUGGCAGAGACAACAAGACAGUUUCUCAUGUCAGAUAAACCCUUACACCUAGAGGCCUCGCUGGACAAAGAGAUCUACUACCAUGGUGAACCAAUUAAUGUAAAUGUUCACGUCACAAACAACACAAACAAGACUGUGAAGAAAAUGAAGAUCUCAGUGCGUCAAUAUGCUGAUAUUUGUCUCUUCAACACUGCUCAGUACAAAUGUCCAGUGGCAAUGGAGGAAUCUGAUGACAUUGUGGCUCCAAGUGCAACGUUCUGUAAGGUAUAUACUCUCACCCCAUUUCUUGCCAACAACCGAGAGAAACGUGGCUUAGCUCUAGAUGGAAAGCUCAAACAUGAAGACACAAAUUUAGCCUCAAGUACACUGUUACGAGAAGGAGCCAGUAAAGAAAUUCUGGGUAUAAUUGUGUCUUAUAAAGUCAAAGUGAAACUGGUGGUGUCUCGUGGUGGGCUCUUGGGAGAUCUUGCCUCCAGUGAUGUUGCAGUAGAGCUACCCUUCAUGUUAAUGCAUCCUAAACCAGUAGAAGAAUUCAUCUACAAAGAAGCACUAGAAAAUGAUGCACCCAUUGACACAAACCUGAUCGAGUUUGACACAAAUGAUGAUGAUAUCAUUUUUGAAGAUUUUGCAAGGCAACGACUUAUUGGAGCAAAGGAUGACAAAGAAGAGGAGGAGGAAGGUACAGACUCACCUAAGCUGAAUGACAGAUAGAUGAAGAAAGCAAAUGUUUUACUUUAUUACACCUUAUGGGAUCCACUGAAACCCCUGUAAAGACAAACAGACGUUUGUGACACCCUUUAACACACAUCACUGUGGUGCAGUUGUUGUGCUCCUGUUUACAUACGUUUUCUCCAUCCUGAAUGGGUGUAAAAUGUAAAAGUGUUGAAAAACAUUACCUCCUUAAAUAAGCAUUUAGUAGGUGAAAUUAAUUCACUGGCUUUCUACAGGGUGCCUACAUGGUAUUUAUGGUAAGAUACAGUAAGAUAUAGCAUUUUAUCAUGGUUGACCUUCAAUAAUAGCACGCCUUUGUUGUUAUUUUUUUCCUGUUCUUUUUUCCAAUAGAAGAGGGAAAAAAUUUGAGACCGUAACUCAACCUAUAUGAUUUCUGUCCUGAACAAUCUGUAAAGAAGAAGAAUUGUUAAUUACUUCAAAGAUACUUUAAAAGAUAAUUACUAUGACCACAGACAGGUUGUCUUGGUUUAAUGGACAGUCCUCCAUUCAUUAAUGAUCAAAGUCAAUUACUGAACAAUUACUGAAGUUGAGUAUAAAAGUCGAGUAUUAGUGAGCACUGAUGCAGUGGCACUUUUGCCAUGGGAAGUCAUCUUGAAUGAUUUAGGGGACACUUGUAGAUAGGACUACAAAGGAUACAUAACAAAAAAGCAAAAUUCUUUUCAAGGGGAGUUUUAAGGGGGGGAAAGUACUAUUUUUUCAGAACUUUAUUUAAUGUAAUUACAACUACUAAUAUAAUUAAACAUUUAAUAACAUUACUGUGCAUCAGAGUACAGUGUUAACACAAAUAAUGUGUGCUAUGCUGAAAACAAAAUGAGCAAGUUGCUUUAAAAAAACAAUACUCUAGAUAUGGAAAUGCAGGAAUAACUAAAAAGGAAUCCAACAUUACCAGUCACCAAUUUUGAGAUAUGUAGAAAUGUGAUUUUCAUCGUGCUAACUGCCUCAAUCUCUAUAAUUAAAUAUUAAUUUUUAUAAAAUAUUCAGAAAAUAUUCAUUUUCUAGCUGAUACAAUUUAAAAUUGUAUUGUGCAACAUAUAGAUAAUUGUUGCAUUGAAUACUGCUUUAUGGUUUAUGUACCUUCCCUUACAUACACUUUUCUAAAGAAAGUCUACUAAAGGGGUACUUGGCUUAAAAGGUUAUUAUUAUUAUUAUUAUUAUUAUUAUUAUUAUUAUUAUUAUUAUUAUUUUAAUUAUCAUUAUUAUUAUUUACAGUAGCCAAAAAAGGUUUAAGAACCAUUGCUCUACUUAUGCACAUGAAUAAAGAGUUAACACUAUAGACAUCCCUCCAAAUCACACACUGUGAACUGUAUUUAAAUUUAUUUGAAUUUAGUUAAACCCUGUGUUGGAACUCUUUUUGUGAGAACACUGUCUGUAGCAAUGGUAAUGGGAAUAUGAAGAAUACAGCAUAUACCAAUCUUAUGGCUUAUUUUAAUAUUUGGGAAAUGGUCUUGGAAACUGAAUCCAAUGUGUUUCAAACUAACAUGUUAUUAAAUUGAUGUCCAUAUUUUGGUCUUUUUGAUAUUUUUAUGUUUUUGUUUUUUUUAAACUCCAUGUCCAAUAAAUUGAUUUCACAUAAAAUAAUUGCAUUGUGAAAGGUUAUUGCAGUUCUAACUAGACUAUUAUCACUGUACUACUAUACAUCCCUUUUGUUUUAAAAGUUCAAUAAAGAGAGGUGUUUAACUUCCUGAUGCACGCAACAUGUUUGGACUUGCAGACAGCCAUGCUUACAGCCAUUCAUCUUGUAACUCUGUACUAAUAGUGCCAAAAGAUGACCUGUCAUUUAAUAAUAGAGCUUGGGUACUAAUUCAGACAAUGCUACAACUUGUACCAAUGUUCACAAAUGAGAUAUAUUGUUAAUAAAUAAUAGACCAGACAAUUUAAAUCAUAUUAUAAGUGUGCGAUAUACAUGUGAAACCCUUUGUAGAUAACGUAACAAAAGACUAUGCUUCAUUGGUCUGUUAGUAUAUAGUUUCUUUUAGAAUUAAAUUCCUA